GUGUUUUUCAAGCCAUCACAAAGCUCUUGCUUGAGUAGGGGUUUAACCCUUACGCAUUCUAAAAUCAUGAAAUACAUCUGUUAAUGAAGCGCGCCAAGAGAUUGGGUUGUUAUGCUAAUUUACACAUUAAUUCGCUCUAGAUCGUCAUCCAGUAUGCGACAUACUUCGCCUUUCUCGCAAUCGUUGGCUUUUUCUUUGCUGUUCAUUUUCAAGUUGAAUUAUGUGGAAGGAUGUGGUGGCUGUGGACCUUGUAAGUAGCUUAUUGUAAGAGCUAAUUAUUUACGAAUUUUAACUUCAUGGUCAUGCAAGUUAUUUCCUGCAAAAUACUGCGUUAAUACUAAUAUUGUCGUUCUUUUUACUACUGGGUAAACGGCCGUAUAUCAAAGCAUUUCCAGCUACCAGCUUCAAUCGAGUCUUAAUUUAAAAAAUGCAUCUUUCAGAUGUUGAGAAUUGGGUACAUCAACCUAACUCCAUUUUGUAUUUGAAAAGGGAGAUUUCCUUUUAGUCAAAAUGACAUACAGUAUAAAACCAGCCUGUGUAGGGUAAAUGACCUACUCUAGCCUCUGUCAGGAAUGAAACUAUAACAGAAUAAUGGCAUCUGAACGUACAGCAUUCAACUUGAACAUUUUCAAUGUUAAAAACCUCAGAAGUAACUAAAGCCCUUGAGAAUAUGUAUAUAGUUAUAGCGCUAAAAAAAUAAAAUAUCUUUACUUUUAACUUGCAAAGCGCAAACGUUAGCUAUAGGCAAAACCUGUCCAUUGCUUGAAAAAGUUGUUAAAACAAUUAUGCAAGUGUAGUCUAGAUGGUUCUGAGAAAGCAAUUAAUUAACGUAUCAUAUCAAAUGACAUGAAAUAUUAGGCUAGCGUUUUGACACCCUUAGCCUUUUGUCUUAAUACGUAGCAGACUUAGUUCUACAAUACUUCUCGAUUUUCGAAUCACUCUUUCGUACACAAAUUCGGACGGACCAGUUUAUAAAGCAUUAAUUUGACGCGGGCUUUCAAUUGCCUCAUAAACAAUCCGGGCUUAGUUCCUGCUCAUUAACCAGCCCAUAAAAUAUGAUCGAACCGGCACAGGAGAACAAGUCCAGUUUAAUUAUUUUGCUUUAUUCCACACAGACCUUAAUUUACAGCAAAAAGUCUCAUUAUUCUCAUGAAAGACUAUAUACAGGUUAAAGGAAAUCAUAUUAGACAUUUUCGCUCCAUAUCGAAAGUUAUUAGUCUGCUAAUUAAUAAAGACAAUUCCUCGAAAUUAUGUAGAGUUUAUUUCGGGUUCCUCAUAAAUUGUUUCGUUUCUCUGAUUUCUCGUAUACAGGUAUUAUUUUUAAGUCUUCGCCUCACAAUUAUUUUGAUCCCGACCCCCAUGUAAUGUGAUAAAGUUAACACUCUCUGAGAGUUUUCCUAAAAGGUUUUGCGAAUGUAACUUUCCAGUAAUACAAGAAGUCCCUCUGUUUCACUAGUAAGUCAAUAUAAUUUAUUCCUCGCAGUCCUCACAGAGUUAUGCUAGUGCUCAAACAAAGUGCAAUAUAACUCAAAUUCAAUUGCCCGUAGUUGUCAGGCAUGCGUAUAGCGCAAAAUCGAUACGAUGGUGGGUUCUUCCAUGAACACAAAGAGAAAAAUAGGAACGGAAAAUUUUAAAAUUCUGCCUAUUUCCUUUCUAUUUUUUUAUAUGACUCGAGUAAGCCUCUAAAGCACCCUCUUCCGCCACGCCAAAGUAUUCAAUUCAAAUAAGCCACAAAUAUGUAAAAAAUAAGCCAAGUUAGUGACUAGUCCAUUCCCUUUAAGUGACUAAUUGUCCAUUCAGAUUUGAGCCAUUUAAGUUUUCGCUUUCCCACGAUAAAACAGUUAAGACAAUGAGAUCGCUAAAGUUCCAUUCCUUGAAGCUCCUUAAUUAGAGAUGAAACAAUUUAAAAGGAACUUUCUGUUUUUCAGGUGUUUAUUAAUAUUCAGGAGGGACAAAACCCUUUGAUCGUGCAUGUUAAGGCAUGUUUUGUUGUAUUUGUCUUUGAUGAGAGCGAAAAAAAGACACGCAAGAACGUUAACAAAACUAAACAAAACAAGCAUAAAACGAAGAAUAAACAGAAGAAGCAGUUACAGCCAGGGAAUACUUCAUGAUUUAAAGGUUGCUGUUCAUUUUAACUUCAUCGAGAAAACUUGCGCAAUUUGCCUUCGCGCAUUUAAGUAAUAACAAUUAGAUCUUUUUUUCUACAAAUGUGUUUGGGCAAGUUGCAUUUCUCUUUAGGUCAGUUAGAAAUAAAAAAAGAGGAGAUAGCAACUUAUUAAUUCGGUCCAAUAUAAAUGCUUGUUUUUACAACACUGAAUUAGAACCUUUUGAGAUGAAGAGUAUGCCUCGUAAUUCAAAACUUUUAUGCCAUGCCCGACAAAAGUAAGCCUGACCAAUACCCCAGAAGAUAACAAUAAAUACCCGAGGGUCUAGCUCCCGCAUACCACUUCUCGGUCUGACAUGCACGUGACAAGUUAUCAAUUAGUUAUUUCAAAAACGAGAAGGGGACUGGAGCCGAAAUGUUUCAGGAGACGCGCCGGUCAGCUGGCCAAUAUUUUCCUUGUCCCUAAUAACAGUCCCAGAAGCCUUUACGAAAGAUAGCUCGGCCUAGUUUCCCUCCGAUUCCACAAAAAGAAAACAACAAAAAACCACAAAAAAAACCGGAUGUUUCACGUCAGAGCGAGGCUCAAUAAGAAGAAAGCAGAAAUAUCGUUGAGAGCCAGUUCAAAGCUCCUUCAGCAGAGCAAACUGUAUGAAAGAAACAAGCCUAUUUGUCACAACAGUUGUGAGGUUACAAACUGUGCUGUAACCGAAAUAAAAAUUGUAAAUAAAGGAUCAGUUCAGUUUCAUAGUUUGUAGCUCGAAUGAUUUGUGAACAUUUUUUCUCACAAUAUUUUUCACUGAACAUGUAUCUAAGUACUUUUCAAUCCCGCCCGUACUAUCUCCAUGUGCAUCUCUGCUAUUUUUAUUUGUUCAUGGAAGGCUAUUAUUUCAUAUUCCAACUCCAGCGCGUUGUCCAAAUGGACGACAAAGUGGCACGUGCCAUGUCUUCAAACCAACCUUACUCGACCUUCUCCCUAAGGAGAACAAAAACUACUAACCAUAUGUCCCUAAGGAACUUUAACCUCACACGUGAUUGAAUCGUGUACAUUUUAAUCGCAGGAAAUCUAUUUGCCAGUCGUGAUUUGAAAACGUUUGGAUGACACAUGUAUAAUAUAUUAUUAAAAUUCAAUUUAUGAGUUCGGAUUAAAUCAUAACAUGGUCCCACAGAAAGCACUGACUUUUUUCUUCCCACAUCGGGAACUGAACCCACUCAUUUUUUUUUUUUUUUUUUUUUUUUGGGGACAAAACUUCAUCAGUUGAGGUCAUUUAGUUUUCUUUUUUAAUUUCAUGUUAGCCCCAAGACAUGGCUAUUGGGGAUCAUGGGAGCCAUCCUCUUGGGGUUUGACGUCAUGCUCAGGUGGCGUCAGAACCAGGAAAAGAUACUGUAACGAUCCAUCCCCUGCCUACGGGGGAAAAACUUGCAGUGGAAGUAGCACAGAAGAGAUCGACUGUAAUGAGUGUGAAUAUAACAAUGGAGGUUGUGCACAGCGCUGCAUAAACCAUGACUCUACAGGCUACACUUGCAGGUGCUAUCGUGGUUAUAAGCGUGCGUGGUGGAACAGUCAUCGUUGUGUCCGUAAGUGUAUGAUUUACUUUUAUUGUUGCUCCGCUUGGUAAUAUUUUUUUACCAGUCCAUUCAGUUGUAGCCUUAACCUUCUCCCAUAAUUUUGUCGAUCACGUCGUGUUUUGUAGCUUUUAAAAAAGUUAGGGCGGGGAAGGUUGCGUGACUCCGACCCGAGAAGCUGCGAAGGAAACUAUUAAAUUUCAUGUAAUAAUAAUAAUAAUAAUUAAAAAUUUAUAACGCGCCUUUUCCAUGCAAAUAUGAUCGAAAGCGCGUGACAACACGUAAAUGUGAAAAGAAAAUAAAAGCUAAAAUGAGCAAAAUAAUUAAGAAUAAGGCUAAGAAUAAACAACGCUAAAAAUUAAAUAAAGAUAAAAAAAAAACACUAAAUAUAUUACAUAGUAAGUUAAAAAAAAUUACAAAUCAAAAGCUAGUCUAAAAAAGAUGCGUUUUAAGUAAAGAUUUAAAACGUUCAAAAUUGUCCUCAAGACGGAUAUGAAGGGGCAGAUUGUUCCAUAAAUUAGGGGCAGCAGAUGAAAAAGCACGAUCCCCUAAAGUCUUUUUCAGUUUUAAACUAGGAUACUUUAAGAUAAGACCGCUAGCUGAACGGAGAUUAUAGCGCGGCUGUACUUUAAUAGCAAUCAAAUCGAUCAAGUAACCAGGCGCAUGACCGUAGAUAGCUUUAAAAGUGAAAAGAAGUAUUUUAAAGUCAAUACGAAAUUUGACAGGAAGCCAAUGUAACGAACAUAGUACUGGUGUUGUGUGAAUGUAGCGAGGGACAUUAGAUAUAAGCCGAGCAGCUGUUGUUGUAAAAAUGGGUCUCCACAACUUUUUCCUUGUGUUUGAGGAGAUGACGAUGAACCGGUGGAACAAAGUGUAAACACAUGUAUACAUUUAAUCCAAUCCUUAUGGUUGUUUCUCAAUAACUGGUGUAGCACGAUCUUAUGGACUGAACCACAGGCUGAGCGUGUUCCUAUCUUUCUUAGCCCCAACGAUGAUGUAAAAAUGUACUUGAAAAAGUGUGACAGAAGUGUCCUCAUUCCAAAGAAAUCUGAAAAAAAUUGCCACCCCAAUUCCCCUGGGUGAUAUUGUAGAGGAAAUAGAGGUAUGAAGAAACGUAAAAAAAUGACUGAACUAUAUAAUUAAAGUAUGCUUGUAAUAGAUAUUUGCCCUUUUUAAAUAGGAAUCACUUGUCCCACAAGUAGCUGGCCAGCUCCUAGCAAUGGAAAGUUAUCAAACCUUUGUAGGGGGCAAUCUCAAGUUCAGUCUGGGACAACGUGUUCUGUGACGUGUAAUAACGGUUAUCAUCUAAAUGGACCUUCAUCCUCUCGUUGUGGUGAUGACGGCAACUGGAGCCCACGAUCAUCGCCGAACUGUCAAGGUAAAAGGAGAUAUCUACAGCCCCCGAAAUGAUCCCCAAAUUGACGAUGUAUAUAAGUGUAAGCUUGGCGCCUUGCGUUUCUAACUGUUUUUGUCAAAAAAAUCUCGAUGUCAUUUCGUAAGAUUUUGAAAACACAUUUGUCGUUUCAUGAACGUCAGCUCCCCUUCCUAGAACACAAAAUCAUUAAACAAUAACAGAUUGAAUUUAACUUUCGUUUUUCAGUACGUGAAUGCUCCCCUCAGUCCCUCCCUGACAAUGGUGACAUUAGCCCGGAAAUCUGCAAAACAAAGCCUUUACAAAGUCGAACCUGCUACUACAAAUGCAGUCCAGGCUACACACUGAACGGGCCACCUUCAUCCACAUGUGACAACGGGCGCUGGACACAAAGUGGUUUUUACUGUCGAGGUAAGGACCUUUUUCAAAAAAACGCUGUCGAUGAUGAUCAGCAACUAAAAUUUAAUCUCCUGUGUCGUGUCUUUUACGGUACUAUUCGUAAUUUUGUAUGUAUUAUUUAUAAAAGACACACAGCCACCUUCAUUUGGAGAGACCUGCCCACCAGAGAGAAAUGUUCUUGCUGACGAGGGUAAAACCAGGGCCACGGUGACCUGGGUACCAGCAACAGCUACAGAUAAUGAUCAUGCGACCGUCACCGUGCAACCAGGUGUGACGCCACCACACAAUUUUUCUGAAGGAAGCCAUACUGUGAUUUAUACUGCGAAAGAUCCGUCCGGAAAUGUAGCGAUUUGCCAGUUUAGAGUCAAGGUUCAAGGUAAUAUAAUCAGUAAAAAAUAAGUUGAUUAUUUUACGUCAAUAAAAAAGCAGUGUCACUUAUAUCAUAUCAAACGGAGCAGCAUAUUGUUUAAUAACUUCUAGAAAGCCAUAAACAACAAAUGGAAUAAUUAUAAUAGGACCAAAAUAGAAUUAAAGUUAAAGGGGAAAUGUUAUUCACCAAGCAAUUCCUUGAUAACCGGGACUGGAAGUGCUUGAAGUACACCCAACGCAACAUGUGAAAUGGAGCAGUUUUGCAAGAAAAUGAAAUUAUGAUUGUCCGAGUAAGAGAAGUCAUGAAUGGGACUGCUUGUAAUGCCUUGACAGAGAAUUAGGCUUUGACAACCUGGCAGAAGGUGUCAUUUACGUUCAAAGUAAUUUGACAACAGAUGCGAAUACCAUCGACAGUCCUAUUAACAUACCUUUCACACUACCUCACACGUGACUCCCUCAAACCAAUAACAAUGUUUCCUCAUUCAGUUCUUCGAUGCCCUGUUCUUCUUCCACCUGCCAAUGGAAGGCUGAGGUCUGGCGCGUGUAACAAUGUGCACGGAAGCAUUUGUCACUUUCAGUGCAACAAGGGAUUUAAGCUGAAGGAAUCUGUGGUUAGAAGCUGCAACAAGACUUCUGCAGCAAACCAAGUAUAUUGGAAAGGAAACGCCACUCGAUGCGAGGGUAAGCGAAGAUAUGCCUUUCUGUGUCCCUCUAAUUUGUUGCCAAUAUAAUAUUACAGUCGUGAUAGGAGAAUUGUUCACAUUUUUAUCUUUCUUUUUUGUAUCAUUCCUUUAUAAUAACGCCCAUUAUGGCAAAAAAAGUUUUGGCUAUAGGGGCGCAUGUAUUUGAAAUAAAUUACCCGAGGAUUUGCGUGAACCCAAAUCAAUGAACUUAUUUAAAUCUAAAUUGGACCGAUUGCUUCUCAGCUUCUUUGAUUCCUUAAUAUAAUACAUCAGGCUUAAAAUUAUCUUAUCGAAUGUUAAUAUCUAGUUUUAUAAAUAUUUUUUUCCUUUCUUUUUCAAACUGAUUAUUUAAAAAUCAAUUCGGAACUGCUGAUAGAUAUAUACAAUUUUUUCAACACGUCUAUUACGUAGCGUAAACCAGCUUUUGCUGAUAAAACUACCGUGUCUAAAUAAAACAUCUCUCUCUUCUUCUCUCUCCCCCCCCCCUUCUCUCUCCCAUCUUAAGAUGUCCAUGAUAAGGCGGUGCACGUGAUUGUUUAUAUUUUUUCUUGAAGACCACGGUUUAUUUAUUCAUUUAUUUAUUUCCUCCUCUUUUAUUUUCUUUUUUUGUUACAGUCAUCAAGUGCCCCUCUUUGGGUACCCCUGAUAACGCAGUAAAGACUGGGUACCAAUGCAACGCUCCAACCGCUAGCUAUGGUACUGCCUGCUUUUUCAGUUGCAAACCAGGAUACGAGUCAAUAAAUGGAUCUGCGCAAAGGACAUGUCAGGAAAAUCAACAGUGGAGUGGAACACCUCUUCAGUGCAAGGGUAAUGCGCACAAUUUUAGCCAUUAAACCAAUAAGUGUUUUAAGUACUGUAUUCAGGAGAUAAUCGAAUCAUUCUUGCAGUUACCAGAUAGUGACGAUGACAAUCUUGAUGACGAUAAUAAUUUCUUACCCAGAUCUCAUACAGCGGAUGGCAGAGUGAAAUAUGGUACUACUUUAUGACGAGAAUUGUAGUCAUUACCAAUAAUACAAGAUAACGAUGCUCUUGAUGAAAAUAAAUUCAUAACUAGAACAUGAGGGUUUGGGUCGAGCGUGAACGAUGUAGGUCUGACUUUUCUCUGCUCUUCCAAAACCGUGUGUUUCCAAGGUCUGUGAGAUGUGCAUGCACUUAAAUGGAAGAUUUUUUCAAUCGUUUUAAGAGGAAAAGUAGGUUCAAGAAACUAAAACGCCAGAAAGAAAGUGAUACUAAUGAAUAUGAUGGGUUUGACAUUUAAUAAAUCCGAAGUAAGGAAAUACUACUGUUUUUCUUGGAUGCCGCUAAUUUGUUAACUUACAGAAGUUAUACCUUUUUCUGUUUGAGUUUGAGAGCUGCUAGAGAUCACUACGAAUUCAAAUCAACCUGUCCCAAUUCUCAGAGGCCGCAGUUAUCAUAAUGUUGUUCGUCGGCCUUUUAACAACUAUUCAUUGUUUGUAUUGUUCUCUAGUUGUUACCUUAAUGUUUGUCUUACUUUGUUUAGAUUUAUGUUUACUUUUUGUUUUAUGUUUCCUUUCUUUGAUUACUUUCGUUUGUUUUGUAUCUUUUGUUGUUGUUGUAUUUUUUUUCUUUUCUUUGUUAUUGUUAUCCUUUUUUCUUUUUUCUCUUUGGUUAGUAUUUAUUUAAGUGGAAUUGUAUAAUUUAUGUAAUUUAUGAUUAUUCUUAAUGACAGUGUCAUUGUAACUUGUCUUUAAUUCAAUAAAAACUGUUUAAAAAAAUGACUAGAACAUCAUGUAUUUCAGCCGUGACAUGCCCUGCCAUAACUAUAACAUCAGAGGGACUUAUCAUUAGCCCACCAGCCUGCUCAAACGCAAGUGUUCGCCUUGGUUAUGCAACAGAGUGUCGCUUCACCUGUAAGAGUGGGUAUCAGCUCCAAGGCCCUAGACUCAAGAUUUGUGGACAGAGUAAGACUUGGACUCCAAUAGGAAACCCCUUUUGUUCAGGUAGGCAUGGUUUAUUUAGCAAUUAUCAGAAUCAGGCUUAGUAGGAUAUGAAGAAUUCUGCAGAUGAAGGAGGGUGCUAUCCACCAAGCCCGAAGGCCGAGGUGUAUAACACCCCCCUUUAUCUUCAGAAUUCUUCAUAUCCUACGAAAGCCGAAUUCAAUAAUUGUUUUAUUAUUCCUUCGAAAUAAUUCCAAGUUUAAAAACAGGUUAAAACAUGCUAACCUUGGUUGACAUAAGUGCAUAUCGAUAACGAGUAAAAUGUUCCGCCGACUGUUCAACCAUUUUGUUCUAACUACCAAAACAACUCAACCUCGUCGCCAGGUUUUCACGGUCAAAUGUUCAAUAACCUGCAACAAGGCUGCACUUUUGACGUCAUUUUGACGUCGUCGGUUCAAUAUGACAAAAUUCUUUCCAAAUUUGGUCAACAGUAGCUGGUUAUGGUGAAUUAUGCGUGUGGUUUUAACAAUCAGAAACGGGGAAAUAUUUUGAAUGAAUAAUAAAAUAAUAUAUAGAUUUAUCCUUGGCUAAAAGCGAAGCUUUGGAAAACAUUCAUGGCUUGUUCAAACAAAAUUUAAAAUCGUGUAAUGCUCGAGCGUGUGAAGGCAACGCCGGAGAACGAUGAAAAAACAAAAAUAGGUGUAAUUAGCAAAAAAGCAACUUUGCACGUGCAGCACACUUUUUUUGAACAUUUCUUUGCUGUUGCUUUGCAAAACUACAACGUGAAACUUCCUAGUUACACGUUUUAAGGUGAUGUUACCCGAGACGAUUCGCUUCGACGAUUUUCAGCGCAACGCAGCGUUGCAAUGUUGGAACAAUGUUGCAACCAUUCGAAACAAUGUCGCAACAAUGCUUUAAUGUUGUGUUGCGCUAAAAAUCGUUGUUGCGAGUCGUCCCGUAUAACAUCACCUUUAUGGAGGAAAUGUCGUACGUGUUCACUUUUUUCACUACCGCUCAUUUUCACCUUGCAUUGGUAGCCACCGGCAUUUCUAAUUUUCUCACCGCCGCUACAAAAUUUUCAUGUUGUUCUUCCAACAAAAAAUGUCUCCUUUGUUUUUUAUCUCUCGCUCUAGAUCUCUGUCGUCACUUGGGUUGCCAUACCUGUUGAUUGAGUUAUUUUACAUUAGUAUGCCCGUGGUGCGGACGGACAGUCGGUCGGGGGUACGGUCACGUGAUUACCAAAAUUUCUCGGAUGGGUAGAUUACCACAUUUUCGUACCCAUGUUGCUCCGCUUGGUGCUCGAGAGCUUCGCAGUAAUUUUUAUUCCUGCCAGGCGAUUUAUAUGGCAAAUCCCGCUUCUUAAAUCAGUCUUUUUCUCUCCAGCGUAAAAUGCCACGUACGUCUCAUGCACUGAAAAUUACGCAAGUUAAAGGUUUUGUCUUCUCAGUCUUCUCCUCUUUAUUCUGAGUACUAAUAGAAUCAACAAACAUAGUAAUUUAUUCAUUGUAUCCUGUCUUUGGCCUUCGUUACAUAUUAAAUAGGUUUCCUCCUAUUUACGUACAUUCGAAUUAUCUAUAUCACAAUACCAUUAUUUAUUCAUCUAUUUAUUUUGUUCAAGACAUUUCGAGCCCGACAUUCUUAAACUGUCCUCCACAUUUGCCUCAAAAUGCUGACCGGGGUACUACGUCAGCAACCGUUUCGUGGGCAACCCCAACGGCUACAGAUAACUCCGGCUUCGCUCCCAACAUUACGCGUACAGGAAAGAAACCUGGGGAGAGAUUCUCUGCCGGGGAACAUAUCAUCCGUUACAGAACCAUUGACAGAGCGGGCAAUAUUGGCGAAUGCACUUUUAAAGUCUUCGUUUCAGGUAGAUGUCUUAAUCUGGCAACUGUAGUUUUAAGUAGUUCGAUAAAUAACAGAAAAGUCUAAACUUAGCACCAGAUUGUUAAAUGUUCAUAUUUAAGUUAUAACUAUAUUGGUAGUUUCCUCCCUUGACAAGGCCUCAGCGAGUUAAAAGGGUCCGCAAUAUGGUUAGUCACGAUGAGUUAAUUACUGGUAAGUUAACAAAUUCACUAUUUUGUAUGUAGCCUGCGUGGCAGGCGUUUGAAACGGAAGGGAAAGGGGGUUUUGGGCGCGAGGUAAACGCGAGGGGCGCGUGAGGAGGGAGGGAGAGAGGGAAACGCCUGCCAGGAAACCAUUGUUUUCGUCAUCCUGCCGACUCAUUAUGUAUGCAAAAAUAACGCAAUUGUGAAUGACUAGCUGUCAAAUAAGUCUGGCCGCGAUGCGCUUAUUUAAGUCGUAUUUCGCGUACUGUUUUUCUUUUGUUUUCCUAAAACAAGAAAUCUGAAGUGAAGGUACUAUCAAAAAAAGUAUAAAUGCUGUCGUUUGUUGAAGGAGAAAGUCGUAACCAUGCGUGGCUUGUUAUAUAAAAUCCAGCACAAAUCUAUUACGUUUUUGCUGAAGGUAUCGUGUUGGACUUCCCAACUUGCAUGAAUGUUUGUCGGAGAAACUAAUUACAAACACUUUGCUGACUCUCGAACUGGAUCCAGCGGAGCAUACAAAAGAACGCUGGUAGCAGGGAAAGAAGAGCUGAGCUUCAAAGAUCUACAAUAAGGCUAAUUCUGCAAACAAUAUUAUUAUUAAAGUAAGUUCCUGGCGGCUUUAUAACGUCUAUAUUCAGCAAGAAGAACUUCUCAAACCAAAAAUCGCUAAGGAUUAUAGAUCGCUUCUUCUUCAACAAUCUGGUCGUUGAUAAAGCGUAGCCUGCGUGGUAGGCGUUUGAGGUCAAACAGCAGAUAACAAGCACACAGGCUGCAUGAUUUUUCCUUUCUUUCUUUUAGUGAGUAAAACAAGCCGUUGGGAGACAAGACUUCUCAAAAUCAGUCAGCAAAACUCAUCUGCUGACAGGUCUUUUCCUUCAUACGAGUCUUUAAACUGCUUUCUUCUAUUCUCCUUUCAAGCUGAAAUUGAUGCCUUCAGUUUCUAAUCUUUCUAGAACGAUGAAUUCUAUACAGAAAUCUCAUCACGCCUCACUAACAGCAUAUUUUUAAAUGAUUACUAAAAGAUCGAUUAAGUUACUCGUGAUGUUGAUUUCAGCCAAUCGGAUUAAGGUAUUAAGGCUGUGAUCGACAUGUUUUGAAGACGGACCAAUCAGGAUUUUAACAUUCGCCUAGUGGAUGUUAAAAACGAAAAAAACAAUGGUCUCUUGGCAGGCGUUUCCCUCCCUCCCUCCUCGCGCGCCCCUCGCGUUUCUCUCGCACCUAAAACUCCCUUUCCCUUCCCUUUCAAACGCCUGCCACGCAGAUUAUUCUGUAUGUAAAAUCUUGAAUCUAAUAUUCUACAUGUGAAAUCUUAAAUUUCAGUAUUCUGUAUGUCCAAAUCUUGAAAUUUCGAGAUUCUGCAUACCAAAUAAUAUUUAAAAAAAAAUUAAAAAAAAAUUGGUAACCUACCUGUGUUUAACUCAUCGUGAUUACUCAUGCUGCAUACCUACCACCUUCUUAAACCCGAGUCGCAAACUUGUCAACAUUAUCUUAUUCUGGGUGUAUUAGAAAAAAUGCAAAGGAACGUUACCUUUUUAAGCAGUUUUGGUCCUAUUAUUCAGUGAUCCGAUGUGAACCCAGAUUAUAUGCACCAGCUGGAGGCAGCAAACGUUGCAUCAUGGAUAACAUGUAUGGCUCAGAGUGUUCCUUCACAUGCCACCCUGGUCACAUCAUGAGGGGUUCGGCAAAAAGAAGUUGUGAAAAAAAUCACCAGAGCUCUUUCGGCUUCUGGACUGGAAAUGAAACGAAGUGUGAAUGUAAGUUAUACUAAUUUUACGCUAAUCCAAAAUUCUCAUUCCUCUCAAGAGACUACGAUUUUACCUUUGUUUUUCACAUCAAUUUGAAUAACUCUUUAAGGCUUCUAAUCACCACUACAACUCCAAUCAUCAUCAUCAUUAUCAUCUCAUCAUCAUUAUAACUAUAAUCAUCGUCAUCAUCAUCACCACCACCACCAACACCAUCAUCAUAAGCACCAUUUCCAGUAGCACUCGCAAAAGCAUUAUCUUGUUGUUGUUGCUCGAAUGAUCUCCAAUCUUCCCUUUGUCUCUACCAUUUAUGGUUUGUUGUCUUGCAUAGUUGAAUGUCAAUGAAUUUGACCCUUGAGACAUUUCGUUUGUUUUAUCUGUGUGCAGUGGUCAAGUGCCCUCGCCUUCCUCGUUCUUCUCACACCGUCCAGUCAGGUUGUGGGUUUGGUUCCAUGAAUAAUGUCUUUGGUGACAGAUGCCUCUACUAUUGCGACAUUGGAUAUCGUAAAAUAAACGGUUCAAGUGAGAGAGUCUGUCAGGCAAAUGGGACAUGGUCAGGGCAACCACCGUACUGUGAAGGUGAGCACAAACUAAGUUUUAAAUAGCUCGACCAACUGUCUUUCAUUUUACAGAAAACAAAACGAAAUCAUUAUAGAACAAAAUGAGAAAGCUUGGUAUUAGAACGUAAUUGCUAAUUUCGUUGGGCUCUUGCGCCAAUAGUUUGUGGUUUUUUUUCUGAUAUAUACUCGUGCCAUUUGGAUUAGACUGCGCUACAUGAAUCUUUUAUCGUUGAAGAGCCUAGGCAAACUCUAUUAUGAAAUUAAAAUAAUCAAUAGAAAAUUAAUAUAGGUGCUUUAUUUUUUCUUUCAUAGUCGUUCGUUGUAGUUCCCUGGAGCCACCAAAGGACGGGCAAGUAACACCAAAUUCAUGCACAGUCUCUCCAGAAUACGGUGAAACGUGUUACUUCUCUUGUCCGAGAGGCUACAGAUUGCAUGGGGAGCCAGCAGUAUCCUGUCUCAGCAAUGGACAGUGGUCCAAAACCACUAGUGCCUUUUGCGAAGGUUACUAUAAUGUGUAAAUAAUUUAUACGCUAUAUGCAGAUUCAUUUUCUGUGGUCACUCCAAUUCAUUUGUUUGUCUGAGCAAAGGAAUAUAACCUUGCAACUGAACGAUACCCAAUACCAUUACGCCCAAGUAAACGGCCAUUAUUACUUUAAUUUUUAAGGUAUCUUAUCUGUUAAACGUUUUAUUUUAGACGUCGAAAGCCCUUCGUUUGGCUCAACGUGCCCCUAUGAUAUAAAGCGCUAUGCAGACAGGGCGAAGAACUACACAGCAGUAAGCUGGCCUGCCGUUGUAGCUACUGAUAACUCGGGUGUUACCCCGAAUGUCUUUUCUACUGGUGUAACCAAUAUAUACUACACAGGAAGACAUACCGUUAUAUACAACGUCAGCGAUGAAGCUGGGAAUUCUAGGAUCUGCAAGUUUUACGUCUUUAUUGAGGGUAGGUGCGACUUUAAACUGCGCAUAAUCUGCAAAGACUAUGCAUCAAAUAUUUCGCUUUACUGAAAAUGUGUCGGGUCAUUCUCCAGUUAUCGAUAAGGCUAUCCAGUGCUAACGCGAGUUCCCUAAUACUUGUAUGCUGAAUGGUGAUUUACCCGGUGGAUACCGCUUCAUAUACGUGCAUUUUGCAAACACUAAAAGACGUUACAUGCACUACACCAUAUCCAGCAACAAAAACGUAACCAAAUUUUUUCAUCCUAUUACAGUUUUGAGAUGCCAAACAUUGCUCCCUCCGUUGAACGGUUUUUUGUUGGGUAAAUGUGAGAAUACAUUUGGAUCAACCUGUACAUUUGGGUGUGACGAUGGAUACAAGUUACUUGGUGCGCAAAAUAUAUCAUGUGAAGCAAGCCCUGGUCACAUCACGGGUUAUUGGGAUAAUCCAGUUCAUGCCUGCAAAGGUAAACACAUAAUAAGCAAAUAAGACAACAAGCCCUAAUAUGAUAAUCGUAUGACCAUUUUACUGACUCCUAAAUUUCAAGGUGACAAUUGUCUUCAUUCCUGAAUAAAUAGCUCCUGGAUACACCUUUUUAUGGUGAGAGUGAAAUGAACUUGUUCUACAAUUAUCUUGUUCACUUUCGUUUUAUUUUGUCAUGAAAGAUAUAGUUCAUCAUUGUUAUUUUUCCUUGUAGUUAUUGCCUAAAAGUAUCACCAAUUAUCAUCAUUAUUAUGAUCCUUCCUCAAACAAUAAAGUAUCGUCUAAGGAGUAGCGGUACUCUUGUUAUCAUAUCAUUUUCUGUCUGUUUUUUUGUUUGUUUUUGUUUUUUUUUGCUUAGUCCUUAGAUGUUCUUCAUUAAAGGCACCGCAGUUUGGCUAUAUUUAUCCUCACAUGUGCUCGUCAUGUCCCAUCAGUGGAACUGUUUGUUAUUUGGAAUGCAGACAUGGAUUCCAAAGUAAUGGAGGGGUAAACGUGUUGCAAUGUGGGAAGAACGGAAAAUGGAACCAAAAUGUAUCUUCUACUUUGCAGUGCAAAGGUACUUCAUUUCUUUGGCUUUUUCGUCUAUUUGAAGCAAAACAGAAAAUGGAACAAUGUUGCUUUUCUAAAAUAAGGUGCUUAGGUAGAUCCUGCUCACCUUUAGCCAUGAACUUGACAGAAUGUACUUCGGUUCAAGUCGUCUGAUGUGACAGUAUUAAGGGUUCUUUUUCUCAUAUGUUGUCUUGCAGACGUUGUUCCUCCCGUAUUCAUGAGCUGCCCUUCCGAUAUUCGCGCCAGUAUCAACGAAAAUUCGUCGGCAUCGGUAAACUGGACGUUUCCUGUCGCUAUUGACAACAGCAACCAGGCACCGCAGAUCACUGUAUCACCAGCUGGAGUAACUUCACCUUACACGAUUUACACCUCUACCGUCAUUGCCUACACUGCAACUGAUGCGAGUGGAAACAAGGAUGAGUGCUCAUUUCAAGUCUUUUUGGAAGGUCAGAAAAUAACCCUUAAUGAGGAAGCAUACCUGAGGUCAAGAGGGCUGGAUUGGUUGAAAAUUUUAUGGACCGAGAGGCAAUCGUAGUCCAUAAAGAAGUAAAAAUGCCACACUCCAGUCAACAAGUCCGAAAUAUAAACGAUUUAUAGUAUGGGUAAAAGGUUGAAUUUUUUUCGAGGACAACGCGGGCAUACAAGAGCGGGUAAAAUGGAAUCAUAGCCAGAAGCUAGUCAAAAUACAGGAUUCGCUUUAUCUUACCCACUCAUUAAUAGUGAUAUAUAUACUAAACAUAACGCUUGUUUAAAUAGAUUUUACACAUUUUCAUCUCUCGUCGGAAAGGGUCCAUAUAGACCUAGGCAUUUAUGUCUAGUAUCAACCUCCAAAAUCGAUCGCAUGUUUUAAUUUAAAACACGAAUCUGAAUCCAUAAUUCAUUUUAUUUGCAGACAAUUCAGGCCCCGAGGUUGUAUUUUGCCCACCAGACCAAAACAUAACUGCAACAAAGAUGAGGACAGUUGUAACAUGGAUCUCUCCACAGUUUAAAGACAAUAGUAACAAUCCUUUGGUCAUUAGAUGCAGCCAUCAGAGUAAGGCAGAGUUUUACUGGGGAACCUGGAACGUGCAUUGUACGGCGUUUGAUAAUAAUCCAAACAACAAUCCUGCCGUUUGCCAGUUUACCAUCAGGUUAAAACGUAAGUAGGUAGUAACUGACGUUAUCACUCGAGGGCAAGGGAUACCACUGGGAAAUUCGGUUGGAGGUGUGCAGCUUGCCUCUUAACAACCAGCUAUAAAUUGCAUGAUCUUUCCUACCCUACUCAUACCUGAACAGGUGUUCUCAAGAGACGAAUGACAAAUAGAGGACACACCAAAUUCCAGAUACAGGUACCUGAUAGCACAAACCUUACACUAUAAAAAAGCCAGACAUUCAGUCUAUACUUAUUACCCAUUUUCGGACCAAUUAGUCACUUUCACACACUUUCACAGCCCCCAAUUGCUUUCUAAUCCAUUUUCAUGACACUAACGUUCAUCUCAUAAGGUAAUUCUAUGCUAAGCUAUGCUAGUUUUGCAAGUAAUUUGGGUAGCAUAAAGUAAAAUGAGAGCCCUGGCAACAUGCAUACAGCAGCACUCCGUUAAUUUGUCUUUCAAAUGAAACAUACGCCUAUCACGCUGGUUUGCCAAUAUGCAAACUCACAAAAUCGCACAUACGGCCACAAUUAGCUGAAAAUGGAAUACAGAGGCACCCAACGACUGUUUUCUGUAAAACAUCUGUUCGGGGAAGCAAACAUUGCCAAGAAUUAAGGAUGGGUCAACGUAGAUCAACUUAAUAUUUAGGGUCACUUAUUUUAAUACCGAAGAAUACAAUUAAAUUUAAACAGAGGCACAUGGUUGAUUUAAUAUCGAUCUGUACUAAGUUUGUUAUAAUCUGCCUUGAUACAGCGAAAGAUUGUAUUGAUCUGCCGCCUCCGAAGAACGGGGCAAAGGCUUGUGAUGACUGGGCAUUCGGAAGAUUUUGCACUCCCUCAUGUAACAGCAAAUGGGAUUUCGCCCAAGCACUGCCUCCAUUUGUAACAUGGGUAUGUGGAGCAUCAGGGACAUGGUCUCCUUCAACCCGGUGGCCAGAUUGCUCAAGUAAAUAGAAAACUGCUGUUUUCUAACUUGUAUAUAUGUUGGGGUGUAAUUUUAUUCUUGGUUAAAUUUUUGUUGUUUCAAACCAUUAUCAUGAAUUUCCCUUCCUAAGAACUAAGGGCAAUAAAAUGUAAGCCCAGGAUGAAAUUAAACUACAAUUAAAAUAGACCAGCGUAUUACUAAAGAGGGUGUUAUCCGAACAUAAUUACGUAGGGCCGAUAACACCCUCCUCGAUCUCCAUAAUGCUUCAGAUCCUACUCAGCCUCAACGAGUAAUUUGUUACAUAUUUCAUGUACUCCAAGUAAAUGUGUUCCUUUCACGGAGACGAAUGUCUGAGGCUACUUAUUAACCCCCAGCUAACGUAAGUGGAACCACAGUUCCCACGUAGAACAUCGUAUUGCUAACAAGGGUUGAUGGGUUUGUUUCUCGCCUGGUAGACGGUAAAUUGCAUGGAUACCUGCAAUGAUAUUUCUUCAUUUACUUCAAAAUAGGCCGUUCAUAUAUGAUUUAUGUCACAUAAUUUGUCUUGACCAAUUAUGUUGAAGAAAGAUACCCUUCGUAUUCGUCAUUUGCCAGUUAUGUAGAAUGUGAAAUUAUCUAAUAAACACAUCCAUCUACUUAUUGAUUUAAGCGAGGGUUUUAAUUGGUUACUAGAUGGUAAGGUUUCUGUGCAAAAACAUAAAAUGCUAUAACACCUUUUGUUAUAUAGCUGAAAUUUAUGACGUCAGAGGGUAAUAGUGCACUGUUACUCUCGGAUGUUGACUGUUCGCAACAUUUAUUUUUAUAAAUUUGUUCUCGAAAAAGUUUUUCUUCGUGAGCUAUAUAUAACAAAUCACUUAAAGAUAGGUCCCUCGGGAAACAGUUAAUUUUGUUUGCCUCGAAUCUCAAAGUUUCCCGUGGCGGAAGAUUGUCGGGAAACAAAGUUAACUGUUUCCCUAGGAAGCAGUCACUAAGUUUUUAUUAAUAUAUUUCCAAUAAAUCACUGCAGAGGUAUACCAAGCAGGUGAAGCUAGAAUGGCGAUGGAUUUGUACUAUUUCGACGGAGAUUGCAAAACACCGGAAGCCCAGACAAAAAUAAGAGAGAACUUUGUUCGGAUUUUAAACGGGUCCCUUUUUCGAGUGAUGUGCCAAGACCCUGUGCUCAGAGAUCGCUGCACGGCUGAGAACGUAGUGGUAACAUGCGAUGAAAAUACGAGCGCAAAACGGAAAAGACGUUCAUCAGGUUGGUGUAACAUUGGUUGAGUAUCAUAGCGGUACUUCCAGCAACUAGCUGAGGCAUAAAGCCAAUGAACUCUUUCUUGCAGUGAAACUGAGUUGAAAGUGUACUUCUUGGGAGGACGAUUGACGCGAGAUCGAAGACAAUCAGUCAUAGUGUAACUGGGUAGUUUUUAGAGCUAGUUUUCCAAAACAGGCUUCUUUUUCACUCAGUGACAAACAUUUACCUGGAGAUACUUAGAGUAACAGCAUCUGUUCCUCAAGGAAAAAAUCCUUCUGGACCUCAGAAAUAUAGCUCAAGAAAUACGACUCUUGGGUCCCCUAAGUUUAGCGUCUCUCGAUCCUUCGUGGAGCAAUUUGGGUAUAAAAAGCCCUGACCUUGUGCAAAAUAUUUGAACUGUUAAAAGACUGUCUCAAAGCGAUAUUUCCAAAGUGUGUUUAUUUUGAGGUGAUUUUUUCAUUCUUCAGAUGGUGUUGGUGAUCGCAUUCGGACAAAAGUCCAUCUUGACAUUGUUGGUAAGUUCUGUACAGCUGAGCUCACACCCAAAAACGUCCUUUACAGACGUUUAAUGUUUCAUACCCCCUCCCCCCGGCCUAGUCUCAGGGCUUCAUAUUGGGUUAUUGUGCCUUACAAUUAGUCAUGCGGUUCAAAUAUGUCAUCUCAUAAGGUACUGAAAAUCUCCGGGAAACUCAAACCAAUUCCAUUUAGGAAGUACAAUGGAAAGUCGACUCCUUGAGGCUUUUUAUCAUACACGCCUUUCUAGAUUAAAUGUACAGGAGUAAUUUCUUGCCAUAAUAGUGAUUAAAAGGGUGAAAUCGAACAGGAGACAGUAUGUUUCGAUGGAUGAGCAGGACGUAACAAGUUUUCAUUUGAUCUCAGUCUCAGAUGGCAUUUGUACAAUGCGUUAUACACUCAAAUUCAAAACCCACAUUUACUUCCGAAGCUACAUUCCCUGCUAUUCUCGAAGAACAGUAAAUCUUGCUUAACACGGCCUUUGAAUAAAUAAAUAUGGAUCAAGUUGGCCAAUAGCUGAAAGUAAGAUUCCAGUGAUAAAGAUUAUAACAAUUAAACUUAAUAAUUGCUGGCAUACAGGCAGUAGCUAGUGCAAUUUUGCAAAAAGAUUUUUAAAAAAUCAACUUCAAUACUUAUGAGGGAUAAAUCUUUUGAAGGACCUCGAUCGUUCUUUUGGGAUGAAAUUAUUGCUCUUUUGUGGGCCCUCUGUUUGUUAAAACGAGCUUUUGCCACUAGCUUGUCAUGUAACAAUUCACCUUUCGCAGUAAUCCUUGGCAACAGUACCGGAGUAGAUGACGACAAACAAAGCAAGAUCGAAGCAGGUUUGGCAGGCGUGGAGUUCGCCAAAAACUUAAGCAGUGAAAUCAGGAGAGCAGUUGAGAUUGGUGUCCUCAAUCUGACCAUAAACGGCACGCUGUUUGUUCCUGAUGAGCAGUCACUGAACUUCUCAGAACCUGUGAUAUUUUGUGCAAAAGGACAAUCCUUUAGAGAUGGAGUCUGUGGUAAUUUAUUUACUAUUAUCAUACACAUACACGUAAAGCAGUGGAAAUUAAGGAGCUUUGACAUUGACUUCUGUUUAUGAUAUUGUCUCUGCAUUUUGCUAUCAAUAUUUCAUUAAAAUUAAAGGUCUAAUGCUGUUCUAAGCAAAUUGAAUACAAAGAAAAACACUUCAUCGAAGUACAAUUGAAGUACAACGUGAAAAACGGGAAAACUGAGACAAGUAGAGGAGUUGUCCUCAAGUGGCUUUAGGUGGCCUUUGCAAAAUCCUUCGUGAAAACAACUUCCAGUAAGCCAAAUAUAAUUCAUUCUCAUGCACUUAAGACUCGACUUUAUUAACAUUAUAGCCAUCAUCAUCAGCACCAGCAACACCAACAGCAGCAGCAGCAUCGCCACCAAUAUUAGUAUAUAUAUUCUUUUGUUCAUUCCUCAUUGUGAUAUAUUUUGCAUUGCUCAGUAAGCUGUUCACCAGGAACAUACCUAAACAAAACCCUUGGUACAUGUGAAGACUGCCCUGUUGGAUCAUAUCAAGAGGAAGAGUCACAAGAAGCAUGUGUGCCAUGUCCACCGAGAACCUCAACGGAAGAAACAAGAUCUGACGAUCGAUCUAAUUGUACAGGUAAAAGCACACUGUUGCAGUACUAAUACUUAACUUUACUUUACUUUAUUGACCUUGUUGUAUGCGAUCAAGUAAUAUGUAGAUUAAAAUAUCAAAUUCGUUAGAAAAAUAAAGUAAAAUAAAAUAGACAAUAUUGCAACUGGAGCAGGAAACAGGACAAUGUCCCAGUUGAUAUUUUGCCCCAAGAACCAAAUAAAAUAAUAAAUAAUAAAUAAUUAUAAUAAAAAAACAUAAAUAACAGAACCUCCGCCCCUAACCUUAAUCACUGCUUACCCCCUCCUCAUAAACAGACUACAUAAGUAUCACCCUAUACCUCACCGGCUGUGAGGACAUAACAUAGAGUAUUGCGAGCGUAAAUGUCUAAAACCUUUUUCUUAAAACUAGAUAGUGACUGAUUCGUGCUUUUGAUGUCUACAGGUAGCUUGUUAAGCCUAUACGUAUUCUAUUAUCUUCAAUUCUGUUUUCCACUGCUUUUGCCCACCUAAUUAUAUGCUCAAGGUACAGUUAAGCUGAAAGCUUGCGUAAGAUAAUGUUUUGUGCAGUUGUAUAUAUGACUUUAUAUACACACUCAGUGAUCUUGGUAAUUCAAGCAAUCUGAUUGGUUAGCUAUCUCGGACUAUGACGUUAUAUUCACCGCGCUAGGCGGUGAAUAUAUAGAGAAUACUUCAUGGAAAGUGCUGGCGUACGGUAUUUACGCACGAGUUGUUGACGUAUCAGAAAUCGAACUAGUGAGCGCAGCGAACGAGUAAGAUUUCUGAUACAAAAACAACCGAACGAGUGAGCGCAGCGAACGAGUAAGAUUUCUGAUACAAAAACAACGAGUGCGUAAAUACCGUACAAAGCACUUUCUAUGUGGUAUUGUGUUUAUCAUAUACAUACUGAGACAUUCAUCAUGGCGGCUUUUUUAUUUUAAAUCUUUCAAAAAUGCUAAAAUUUGCGGCUACACACCGCAAAAUGACAACAAAAACGAAGUAUCAGGUUUUUAGUAAAAAAGUUUGUUAAAAACAUAAAUGACGGUGAGGUUAUGAGGUAAUCCAAGAACUAUAAGUAAUCUUAACUGUUUGUUCUCAAUGCACAAUCGAAAAUGAGUGAAUUUAAGUAAAAUGGCCGGUUUCAAUAUAAGCUUAAGCUUAAAUGAAAGGCAAAGUAGCUCCGACAAAAAGCACAACAAAAGGAUACGUCUCGUUCUGUUUAUCCCUUUUCGCUGUUGUCUCGCCGGCUCUCUACCGUUUUCUUUAUCAACAGUGAAACAAACGAAACUAUUCCACUCCAUUUCCGAAAUGCUUUUCACUUUUUUAGCGAGAAAAACUCUUUGAGUAAAACUUUCCUCGCUGAAUGUGUGCCAAGCGGCGCUGCAAGCUGCAAUAAGAGGCGGGCAUUUUGGCGCGAAACUCGCACACCUUUGUGGCUUCUGAUUGGACGUAUCAUUUUUCUCACACGUGAAAAAACAUCGUUCGCGAUUCUGUUUGGACGUAUUAUUUUUUUCACGUGUGAAAACCAUCGUUCGCUCCUCUGAUUGGCUAGAACUAAUUUGCGUACGAAAAUUUACGACAUAGCUUUUUGGUGAGUAUUUCUCAGUAUGUAUAUAAUAAAAAGCAGAACAAAAUCGCUGUCGUGAACUGGGUGUUUUGCCAAAGUUUCAUAGUAAAGCCUUUUUGAAAAUACACGAAUAUCCAAGUUGUGAUGACUUUGAAGGCAAGAAAAGACUUCAUGGUGUUUAAACAGCGUGAUUUAUUGUGAAGUGGUUUACUGUAGCUGACUUUGUGUACGCUCGAAGGUAUGUUUACCACUACAGAGGAAAACGAGGUCGAUUUGUCACUGUUUUGUGAUUCUGGGUUUUCUCGCAAGACCAAUUUUGCUCAUAAAUAGAAGUUAAUAUAUGGAGAAAAGAGGAAGGCAAAUAUUUUCGAAAAUUGUACGUACCACUAAGUUAACAAGGAAAAGAACAUUGGAGAUAAACAACGUUCACGUUGAUCGUAGCCGCUGUUGACAGCACUUGCAAGAAGCGGCAAAGAAAGCUUUCUCAUUUACGGUGAGUUGACAGAAACAAAUAAAGCUCUACUUUUGUUCUCAGAAUUGGGUAGUAAUUUAAAUUUUCGGCGUUUUCUUUUAAACCGUUGAUGCUAAAGCUUACAAAACUCGAUACACAAAGAUUAAAACGAUCAUUUGCCAUGUUUGAAGAUACAGUAAAGAUCUUACUUUUGCGCAUCCACUGUUAACGGCUUCUUGUUCACGCAUGAAUUCACCCGUCAAUCAAACUAAUCGUUUUUCAAUGGUUUCCUUUCUAAUUCUGUUGAGAUUACUUCGUGUGAAUAUACUAAAACAAUUAUUCACCUCAGGCUCAGUUAAUAUUGUUGAAUAAUCCCCUCGACUUCGACUCGGGGAUUAUUCAACAAUAUUAACUUCGCAUUCGGCGAAUAAUUGUUAAAUAUUGCUAUACCUAAACACUCAUCAACAUUGAUAUAUCUUCAACAGGCUAUUCAAGAAACUAGAUUACGUACAAAAAAAAUAACGCAUUUUUAUUUCUCCUACACAAAAUAGCGUUGUGUAAACCUGGGUCAUAUUCACCCACCGGAUUAGAGCCUUGUAUCCAGUGUGAAAAGGGGCUUUAUCAAGAAACAGAGGGGCAGCGUCUCUGCAUAAAAUGUGGUGUUAACACAACAACUCCAGAGGAGGCAUCAAACAGUUCUACGCAAUGUGCAGGUAAAAAUGACAGUUUGCAUUUUAUGAACAAAUGAAAUGCUCAGACAAAACUUCUGAAUGUACAUAAGUGCAUUUAUAGAGUUAAGUAUUCAUUAAAAUGACUAUCCCGAUGGAAUUUCAAGAAUUAUCUAUUAACCUAUUUUCCAGGCCCCAGUUGUUCAAAAGGUGAGUAGUGAUAUCCACUGGAUAGAUCACUAUCUAGUGGAUAACCAGUUAUUCUUCGUAAUACUUAUUCAUUGGAUAUCGAUUUAUCUGGUGGAUAGCGCUAUCCAACUUUUGAAAAACCGGAGCCAGACCGCCAAACUAUUUAUUGACUGAGCCAGACCACAGAACACGGUAAGCUAACGUACAUGGCCGUAAACGCCCAAUACAGAUCUCCUGCUCAUAUUUUAUCUACUACUUGUGGACAUACUGUAGACAAGGAAUCAUCAGCUAUUUAGUUGGAAAGCUAAAUUUUUAUUGAUAUGGGCAAAUAGAUUCACCACAAGUACUAAAUAAAAGUUUGUGUUACUUGUAUUUUUUGUCGUUCUUUCCUCCAGUCCCCUGUCCUCCAGGUUCUUUCUCUCCUACCGGACUGGCUCCUUGUACUUUGUGCAACCGGCGCUCCUUUCAGCCCCACAACGAGAGCCGCAUCUGCGUUCCAUGCCCAGGAACAACUGCAACUGUGCUGCCAGGGACAAAAAAUUCUCAAGAUUGCAUAGGUGAGUGGUACGGAACACCUAUCGACACUAAGUUAGCUGUUCCAUCGAAGGGCCACCACGCUUGAUUAAGUAUAGCUUCUAAGAACGACUGCUGAAAAUGUAAGGUAACACGAAAGUUUGCAUGGGCAAGAAUACUUAUUUUAUCUCUGAUCUCCUUUUUACUCUCCAGAAAUUAACGAAUGCGAAUCCAAUCCCUGUCGAGGCAACUCUAACUGCACAGACCUUAUUGCUGACUUUCUGUGCUCCUGCCAACCUGGCUACACUGGUAAACAAUGUGAGACCAACAUUGACGAUUGUCAGGACCAGCCUUGUUUGAAUAACGGCACCUGCCAUGACCUGGUCAACAAUUACACCUGCACAUGCAGACAAGGGUACCAGGGAUCUAAUUGUGAAGAUGAUGUUGAUGAGUGCAUGACAUCUCCUUGUUCCAAUAAUGCCUCGUGCAGCAAUUAUCCAGGAGGAUAUAACUGUCAAUGCAGACCAGGGUUUACUGGAAAGUUGUGCGAAACAGACGUGGACGAAUGUGAGUUAUCACCGUGUAUAAAUGGAGCAACUUGUAGUGAUGGAAUAAACAACUACACCUGCCUCUGUGCAACAGGUAAGAGUAAGUGAGUAAUAUAAUAUAACGAUGUAGUGUAAUAUUAACAACGUGUAUUAUAUCGCAGGCUACCAAGGAAACGAUUGCGAAGCGAAUAUCAAUGACUGUGCAUCUGAUCCUUGUCAGAACGAAGGCAAGUGUGUGGAUGGAGUUGGAACAUACCACUGCAUCUGCCCUGCAGGAUUUAGUGGAACCAACUGCCAGCAUAAUAUUGAUGAAUGUGCCAAUGUAGACUGUAAGAACAAUGCAACAUGUAUUGACCACAUCAAUGGGUUUGAUUGCGUAUGCCGGAACGGUUUCACAGGAAAAAAAUGCGAGGUGAACAUUGACGAAUGCGCUUCCAAUCCUUGCAGGAACCAAGCUAGGUUUGUAUUUAUUUACUUUAAAGUUGAAUUUUGUUAUUGAAAUUGGUUCCAAAUAACUUUCCCAAGACAAUCUGCAUUAUUCAAAAGUGUCGUUAUCAGUCAAUCUACCAUAUAUCAGAUAAAAAAAUUAAAUAAAUAAAUAAUGAUUUGGAGGUAUCACAUCCACCAAGUGGUUCUUCGUCUACCUGAUUCCUGGUCGAAUUGGAAUUUGGAAGUGUUGGUUUUUUAUUAGUUUUUAUCGAAAAAUAAAAGACACAUUUCUUGCUUCCAGUAUUCCAAGAAGUCCCGAAGAGAAGUAUAUCUUACCUCAUUACUACAUCUGAUUUAACGGUCUCCAGAGGCAGUAAAUUAACUAGUAAAUUAAGUAAAGAAAGAAAGUCGAGAAAAGGAGAAAAAACGCAGAAUUUUCAAAGAACGCUACCAAACUAUAAAGCUAAGGCGCUGUUACUUCCAUCUCGUUAGGUGUGUGGAUAUGAUUAACACUUAUCGGUGUGAAUGCAAAGAUGGUUUCGAUGGCCUCCA